CUUUGGGCGAGAGCAAGAACUAUGUUCUUGUUUGUUCUCGGAACAAGAACAAAAUCUGUGUCACCCAAACGUCAAGAACAAUCCAGAAGAACUUGCUCCUGGAACAAAAAUUUUGCACCACCUCAAUUGCAGGAACUUAAAGAACAAAAAUGGCGGACAAAGAUUAGAGAGAUGUCUACAGAAAUCGACACAAUAAAGUGGACUUGUUAUAUUUGUCAUAAAGCCCCAUCCCGUUUUGUUUGUGCAUAUCUCUCGGAGCAAGAGGAUAGGAAGAAAACAACAAUUUUUAUAGAGGGGCCUACAGAUUCUGGAGAAUACAAGAUUUAUCUAAGGUGUGUCAACUGCCACUUGUCAUUUCAUGCCAGCUGCUCGCAGUUUGAGAUCCAUACCAUACUAUUAGGGGAAACAGCAGCAUCGGAAAUCCUUUGUAACAGUUGUGCAUAAAAUGGCCAAUCACAGAAAGACCAUCACACAGGAAACCAUGCCUUUGCAAUCCUCUGAUGUACUUGUAACGACAUCCGGUGAAAAUGUUAUCGUUCAAUGUCCAGACCAUUUAGUAGAAACUUUAACAUCACCUGACACAGAUCCAGCUGUAAAGAAUCUCAUUUGGAAAGGGUUAUUGAGUCAGAGUGCGGGAGAAGGUGGUUCCGAAGGAAUGGAUGCCAAUAUAAAUUGCAGCCAGGAUGAUGAUGAUUAUACAGAGGACAAUACAAGCAGCAGUUUGCCAGGUCAACAAAAAUGGAAAGAUACAGAGAGUAAAAUGUUGAUUGAUCUCAGAAUUAAAAUGGAUGAUGAAUUUAGAGGCAGUAAAACACAUAAGGCUUUAUGGAACAAGCUUGCAGACACUAUGAACAAAAAUGGUAUGUUUGUUACCGGAGAAAAGUGCAGCAAUAAGUGGAAAAGUAUUAAGAGAGACUAUAAAACAGUAGUUGAUAAAAAUGCUAAGAGUGGGAGUGGAAAACAGAAGAAGUGUAAAUUUUUUGAUGAGCUCAACAACUUGUUUGGCAACAAACCCAGUACUCGGCCAGAAUGUGUUGUGGACACAAGUAGUUUUAAGAGUUUCACAAAAAGCAAGGCCCGGACAGACAGUUCCACAGAGGAUGCCACAGUGCCAAACUGCCCUCCAAACACCACGGCCUCUGACACGGAUGAAGAUUCAGAUUCACAAGCAGUCCAGAUAAGAAAACGCAAAAUAUUACAUGGUAAGAUGACUGCCAGCAAAGUCAAGAAAUCUGGAACAGACAGGCUUAUAGACUGGCUAGAUAACUACAAAAGCGUACAGCAAGAUAUGCAAGAAAAACAACUGAAAUUUCAAAAAGAGCAAGAUGAGGAAAAAUUUCGAAGGAUGGAUAGAUUUCUGGAAUUGAUGUCAAAACAAACUGGGAAGAAGGAUGAAAAUUAGUGAUUUGCUGGGCAUUGCACUUCAAAUGAUAUUAAUUUUUUAAUCAUGCCAGUCAGGUUCAGAAUUUUGUUUUUAUUUCUAAAUUACAUACCUUUUUGUGUCAUGUGCAGGGCCUUUUGUAAGUAAAAUACAUUCAAGCCAUUUAAUGUUUUUUGCACAUCAUGUGCCAGGAUCUGGCUUGUCCCAAAGCAGAAUUGAUGGGUUUUUUAUAUGUUAUAUGUGCAUUUUGUCAUUUUAUUAUGAAUAUUGUUUUACACAGGCAGUGAGGCAAUAAGCACCUAGAAGUGUUCAAACAUUUUUUGUUAAAUUAUCAUUUCAAGUACUCAUCGUUUACAAAUGAUGCAAAGAUGUUUUUCCUAUUUUUAAUCAUCAUGGUUUUCCUUAAAAUGAUCAAGAGAGCUUUUCUGAUUUAAUGGAAACAUCUGUCUGUCUAUGUUGUCUGUUAACUUUUCACUCUGAUGACUUCUCCAGAAUAACUACACCAAUAUCAACUAAACUUGCCACAAUGGGCAAAAUUUUAUAUAGGUGAAAAACUUUUUCCAAAAAUUCAAAUGCCAUGAUUAAUUAAAGAAAUACUGAAACAUCGUCAGUUAGCAUAUAUUCAAUAAUUUUUUUAAUCUGGACCCCAUUGGAAGCUAAGAUGGGACCACCUAUAUUUUAAAACUUGUACUGAUUUCUGCUUUUGAUCAGGCGAGCAAUGUGGCCCAUCCCCAUGAAUAUCUUUUUUAAAUGUGACACAUUACCUUUUAAUGAUAAGAAAUAUCACUUUCAAGAUCAAAUGACAUAGAAAUCAAACUUGUUAAACACUUUAUAUAUCUAGCAUAUCUUGAUAAUUCAACCUGUAUUUGAUGAAAAUAUUAAUAUUUACAAAUCAUUUUUGCAGUAUAAGCCAGUGUUAGUAGUUUAUAUUAGCAUGUAUACAAGCUUGAAAUGAAAAUUUCAUUCAAGAUGAUUGAUUUUGUGAUAGGCAUAAUUCUUUUCAUUUGUAAACUUGCAUAAAAUGAUAUUUAAAUAAAUGUUUUCUAUA